AUGGCAGGCUGGGACAUGGGUUCUAGGAAUCUCAACUACGACACCUUGUGCGGAUCAGGUCCUUCGAAGACGCCUGUCCACGUCUGCUUUGCCUCUGAUUCGGAUGUCACCGUGAUUGCUCAACACACCAACUUCCACGGAUUCCACGACAACUCAGGCACAAGCUUCGUCAUGUUCCAGAGCGACAAGAGCGAAACGGCCGGCAUGUAUCAAAAUGGUGCAUGGAUCGUGAACGUCAACUUCACCGGUCCAGACGCCUGCGCGGCUUACGAUAUCCAGAACAUCAAUGGUCAAGAGAUCAAGAACGGCAUCUACUGCUCUGGUCAGCCAGCUAUCAGCCUGUAG